ACGUUUCUUCUGCGUUGUCGUUCGGUCAAGCGCUCGAAAAAAUAGUUCCUGUGUUUUAGGGCCAUAAAAUAUUAAUAUACCAGGUGAUAUACCUAAUAUUUAACAUUUUAAGUUUUAAAACUUUAUUUGUAGUUGAGUUCACGUGUUUUAGGUGUAAUAAAGCUCGUCCACAAAAUAGCCUUCAUCAGUGAAGGGAUACAUUUGCGUCAGUGCUUCUUCGUCGAAGAAAGAAGAUGGCCGUCGUGAACGUGCAAAACAAUGCCGACGCUGUAAAAGUUAAGCAAGGAAAGGUUAUUUUGCUAUUAGAGAACUGUAUUCUACCGCCGGAAAAAUUGGUUUCUACUCCUUCGACCGUGGACGGCCUAGACAACGAGACAGAGACAGACCUCAGGAUAUUAGGAUGCGAGCUCAUUCAAACGUCCGGCAUACUCUUACGGCUACCACAGGUUGCUAUGGCAACGGGACAGGUGCUGUUUCAUAGGUUUUAUUUUUCAAAGUCCUUUGUCAGGCACAGCAUGGAGACUGUAGCUAUGGCCUGCAUCACCCUGGCAUCAAAAAUCGAGGAGGCACCGAGACGGAUCAGAGAUGUAAUCAACGUGUUUCACCACAUCAAGCAAGUGAGAGGAGGAAAGACGAUGCAGCCUCUAAUCCUGGAUCAAAAUUACAUUAACCUCAAGAACCAAGUGAUUAAGGCCGAGAGGCGGGUGCUGAAAGAACUUGGUUUCUGCGUUCACGUCAAGCAUCCGCACAAGAUUAUUGUGACAUUGUUGCAAGUGUUGGACUGUGAGAAGAACACGAAACUGAUGCAGUCCUCAUGGAACUACAUGAACGACAGCCUGCGCACGGACAUCUUCGUGCGGUACAGCCCGGAGACGAUAGCCUGCUCGUGUAUAUACCUCAGCGCCAGGCUGCUUCAGAUACCGCUGCCCAACAACCCGGCCUGGUAUUCCAUCUUCGGGGUCUCUGAGGGUGACAUGCAAGACGGGUGCAAGCGGAUCCUCGGCAUCUAUGCGAGGAAAAAGCCCGACUCCGAGGCGCUGGAGCGAAAGGUGGAAGAGCUCAAGAAGGCCCACUACGAAGCCAAGCUGCGGGCCAAGCUCAUCUCGGGGACGACCACGCCGGUUGUCGGCAACGGGGCCAGCUUCUCUCCCAGCUCCAGGACAAAUUCACCAAGGCAGUCUCCUGUUCUGGACUUGCUACCCAAAAAGAAAGAAGAAGCCAAGGCCAUCAUUGAACGCAGUCCCAGGGUGGACCGCACGGCAUCCAACCACAUCCCGAGCACGGGGGCUAAGCGCAAGCCGAGCCCGUCGUCUUCCUCCUCGCCCGCGGGAGGCCGGAGCCGCAAGGAGGCCCCCCGGGGGGGCCACGGGUCGAGCUCUUCGAGCAACGGCGCGGGCCCCAGCCCCCCUCCCCCAACGGCCCCCUCCGCCCUCCGGGGCGGACGAACGCCGCCCAGGGGCUACAAGGAGUCCGGCCUCGCUCUGCCCUCUUCUCCGGUCAGGUCCAAGUCGGAGGAGAGGCGCAAGGAGAGCAGCUCCAAGCGGCACGGCUCGCACAAGCGCAAGCGGAGCGUGUCGUCCCGGUCGCGCUCGCGGUCUCCCUCGCACCGGCACGGGGCCAAGAAGCGUUCGGGAAGCGGCGGCCACCGGGGCUCCCGCCACAAGUCCUCCCCGUCGGGCCACGGGGAGCACAACCACCACCACCACCGCCACCGCUCCUCCUCCACCAAGGCCUCCAAGAAGGAGCGCUCCCGGGAGACCCGCAACCACAGGACCACCGCGGCGGCCCGCAGGUGAAACGAGGAGCCAUCCGACCAAAAGUUGGCAGCCCGCAAGCAUCCUGCCAUUCUGUAUAUACUGUAUGAGACAGCCCAUUGGAGUUCCAUUUUUCGUUAUGUGAAUGAGUGUACAUAAAACAUUGAAAGAAUGAAAGUGACGAAAUAAUUAAAACAAUUAUUUGGUACAAUC